AUGGGCGACUCCCGCGAUGGCACGGACAGCCUCCUCGCCGCCGGGUAUGCCUUGAUUGGGUUUGGCGGGAUGGGCAUCUUGUACGCGUUGCUGCAGCUCUCGACGCUCUUUCGUGAGCCCGCCCUGUACACGAGUGUGCUUGUGGCAGCGUACAGCUUCUCCGGGUACAUGUUUGUCCUGUUGGAGCUCGACAUAUCGAGGCUGACGUUCUUCCUCGCAUAUGUUCUUCAAGAGGGUCGUGAGAUAGGGUCUUGA